UACCCAUUCCAAUAUUCUGGCCUAGAGAAUUCCAUGGAGUGUACAGUCCAUGCCUUAGCAAAGAGUCAGACACGACUGAGCGACUAUCACUUUCACUUUUCAUGCUUUUUAUAAAUGGCCUUUAUUGUAUUGUGGAUAUUUCUAUUUUAUUGUAUUUUUUUAAAAUCAUGAAUGGGUUGUGAAUUUUUUCAAGUGUUUUUUCAGCGUAGUCUUACUUUUACUUCUUACUUGAAUGUUGGUAGCAUUGCUCUCUGAAUCCAUUUCGUCCUAAGCUUUUAGCUUUUGGGAGGUUUUUUUUUUUUUAAUUAAUAUUUGAAUCUCCUUAUUUCUUAUUGGAGUGUUGAGUUUUUCUACUUUUUCUUGUUUUAGUCUUGACAGAUUGUAUGUUUUUCAGAAUUUAUCUAGGUUUUCCAGUUUGCAAUUGUUCAUCAAUAAUAAUGGUCCCUUAUGAUUAUGCUCCUUUACUUCUAAGGUAUCUGUUGUAAUGUCGCUUUCCUUUCUGUUUCUUUCAGUUUCCUCUCUUUCCUUCUUACCUUAGGUACGGGUUUAUUGAUAUUGUUUGUUUCUUUCAAAAAAUGCGUUUCCAGUUCUUGCACAUGCACACUGGGCAUUCUGGCACACGGGCAGUGUGUUUAGAGGCGUCACUUAGCGACGAUCAUUCUGGGAUGCAAGAUUCCAAACCGUUGAGCUUCCCAGCUGGGAGGUUGUGGCGGGACGGCUCUGGCUUACCUCUAGUGCUCGUGUUGGGUUUAGGGGACUGCGAAGAGCCGAGGGGGAGGUGAGGUGUGUUUGGAGUCUGUAGGCUCUGCGAUGAAGAAGCUUUUUGGCUUCAGGAGUAAGAAGGGCGUGUCACCCUUCGGCUCCUCCAUCAGCCUGGGGAGAGACAGAGGUCAUCAUAAAACCAGCUUCCAGCCCUGGUACCACAUCCGAGACAAGGACCUCCGAAAGAUUCACAAAGCUGCCAGCGUAGGCAACGUAGCUAAAGUGCAGCAGGUCCUGUUGCUUGGAGAGAAUGGCUUGAACGAGAAGGACAAGAGGAACAGGACUGCGCUCCACUUGGCCUGUGCCAAUGGCCAUCCAGCGGUGGUGGCUUUCCUCCUGGAGAGAAAAUGCCUGCUUAACCUCUGUGACAGUGAAAACAGGACCGCGCUGAUGAAGGCCGUAGAAUGCCAAGAGGAGGAGUGCGCGACUCUCCUGCUGGAGCACGGCGCCGACCCGAACCUCACGGAUGCCAAUGGCAACACCGCGCUCCACCACGCUGUCUUUUGCCAGAAUAUAUCACUCGCAGCAAAGCUGCUUUCCUAUGACGCCAAUAUAGAAGCCAGGAACGAGGAUGACCUCACACCACUAUUAUUGGCCAUAAGUGAAAGGAAACAGCAAAUGGUGGAAUUUUUAGUAAAGAAAGAAGCAAAUGUACACGCGGUUGAUAAGAUGAAAAGAACCGCCCUCAUCCUUGCUGUCAGUUACGAGUCUAUGAGUGUCGUCAGCCUUCUCCUGCAGCGAGGUGCUGACGUCUUUUCUCAAGAUGUCUUUGGACGGACUGCAGAAGAAUAUGCUGCUCUGAGUGGUUUUAAUAUCAUUUGCCAACUGAUCUCUGAAUAUAAAGAAAAGAGGCCGAAAACUCCUCCCGAAAAGAGCAACCCAGUGGAUACGAGUUCUGAAGAAGACUCUUUAAGCAGGUUUUCCAACAAACCUGGUGCUGACUCAUGGCCUCCGUCAGAUGAUGAAGUCUUAGAUUUUGAGACCAAGCAUGUCCCGAAACCAAACUUAGCAAAGCUACUGAAGGCUUUUCAGCAAUCCAAGAGAAACGACUGGGAUUCGACUAGUUUGAGCCUCAGUAGUGAGACUUGUCAAAGAGCCGGGCAUUUGAAAGCUGAUGAUCGGCGUCCGUUGGUGUCCCAAUCAGUGACCCAAAAUCAGUCAGCACCCACAGAACUCGGACAGAAGACCGCAACAGAUAAAGAAAAGAUGAAAAACGCAGCGAUGUUUCUGGUAGGGAAUUCCAUGCCCCAUCACCCAGGCCAGUCUCCGCUGCCAGAAAACAGAGAAAGCAAACAAGAUUUGUCAGGAGAACUAGAUGUGGAAGUGAUAUUAGAGGAAGAACAAGGAAAACUUCAUGGAAAUGAAAAUAACGAUUCACAGGUUGAAGAAGAAAAGAAGCACAAAAGUAGUGAAGUGGAAGUAUCAGACAAUGUAUGCGAUGCUGCUGAAGAGAGUCGAUUGAGUCAGCAGAGAAAGAGUGGAGGAAAUAACAAGCAGGAGUUUCCUGCUAUGCAGAAUAAAGGUUCUGAUGGUGUGAGGACUUCUUUCAGCAUUUCUUAUGAGGCGAGACUAGUGGUGAUGAACUCCCUCAGUAGUGAACCUGGCAUGCCCAGGAAGGAAAUAGAGAGAAAGAACAAUGACAAAUGGACACCAGAAGAAUGUGUGAUUGCACCAGUAUUUGAAAAGACCAAUUCACUGACUGAUGGUCUGCUGCACGUGACAAAUGACAGCAUUUUAAGGAAGGUGGAUCAAGAUGACAGCAGGCCUGCAAGGAAAACAGCAUAUGAAAAAAAGAAGGUUUCUGAUAGUGGUAGAAAAGCAAAAGGUCUGUUGCGCAAAAGCCACAUGCAGGAUGAAAUUGCCAUGCCAAGAUUAGAAAUAGACACAGUGAAAAAUCAGAACCAGGAGAAAGAAAAGAAAUGUUUUGAAGAUACUGAAAUUGUAAAAGGAGAGAAUGAUUAUCCUCAAAAGGCAAUAAAAUUGAACAAGGAAACAUUGACAAAGACCAUAUUCCAGCAUACUGGCCAGCUUAACGUUCCGGUAGCUGAAAAUACAAUGCUAAACCCUGAGCUGGAGUACGCAAAGCGAAGCAAAGAAAGACUAGAAACAGAAGUGGAAUCCUACCACUCUAGACUGGCUGCUGCCAUACACAAUCAUGAUCAAGGUCAGAUAUCACAAAGACACCUGUCACUUGCCUCCCAGAAAGCAAAAGACAAGAGGUUACGCUUGCAGGACCCAAUGAAGUUCCAUAUGGCUAAGCUGAAAAGUGACAAUGAGAUGCUUUCCCAGCAACUUUCUAAAGUGGAAAAUAAAUUCAAUAAGCUAAAAAUCAAGCUGCAUCAGACGAGAGAUGAUCUCAGAGAAAAGACUUUGAUGUUAGAACGUGUCCAGAGAGACUUACGCCAAGCAGAGUGUCAAAAGCAGGAUAUUGGACACAUGUAUCAGAACGAACAAGGCAAAGUGAAGGAAUACCUUGGAAAGCAGGAAUCCUUAGAGGAGAGGUUAUCCCAACUCCAGAGUGAAAACAUGUUGCUCCGACAGCAGCUGAAUAAUGCACAAAAUAGAGCCGACAGUAAAGAGAAGACAGUCAUUAGCAUCCAAGACCAGUUUCAGCAGAUCGUGAAAAAUCUUCAUGCUGAACAUGAGAAACAGGAUCUGAUGCUGGAGGAAAGAAGCAAGGAUUUAAGCAACAAAUUGAAUCAUUUAGAAGAGAGAAUGUGUCAGUAUGAAAAUGAGAAAGCAGAAAGACAAGCAGUUGUGAGACAACUUCGGCAAGAACUGGCUGAUAGCCUCAAAAAGCAGUCUGCGUCGGAGCUGUCCCUGGAGGUCAUGUCACGUUAUCAUGCCAAGUUAGAAGUUGAGGCACGGGAUUUAAAGAACUUAUAUCAACUCACAAGUCAGUCUCAAGAAACACAGGAUCAACAUACAGAGGCCGUGAGAUAUGCUGAAAAAACACAGGAUCACAUCCAAAAGCUUGAAAUUGAAAAUGCCAAGUCACAAACUACAGUCAAAAAGCAAGCGGGCGAAAUUGAACAGCUUCAGAAAAACCUCUUAAGUAUAAGAUUGAUUGAUGAUCGUCCAGCAGAGCUGGAAACUGUAUGUUCACAAUGUCUGCACAUGAAUGCAAAAAUUCAGGUUCUUCGAGAGGAGUUAUUAUUCAUGACAGGAAUGCAAAAGAAAUGUGAAGAACUAGAGAAGAAUAACAAGAAGCUUGAGCAAAAAAUAGUGAACCUCAAAAGUCACAUAGAAAUGAAUAUGACAGAGCACAGUCAAGUAGAGCAGUAUAAGCAGGAGAUUGAAGAAAGAGCGAGACAGGAGCUAGUAGAGAAAUUAAAAGAAGUCAACACGGUUUUACAGAUACAAGCAGCAUCUCAAGAAAACUUAGAGCAGGCACAAGAGGAGCAUAUUGCUUCCUUCAGAAGUCAGAUGGAACUCAGAAUGAAAGAGUUGGAAUCUGAAGUCUUCAAGAUGGAAACUUCUGAAGCAGAUUUGGAAAAAUAUAAGAAACUCUACCUCGAAGAACUAAAAGUUAGGAAGUCAUUGGAAAAGAAGCUAGACAAGACUAAUUGGAGGCUGGCAGAGAUGAGCACCGAACUUGAGGUGGAGAAACAGCAGAACAGGUCUUUACUGAGCACUCUCACCCCGAGGCCAGUCCUGGAGCCGCCCUCGCAGAAGAAAUUUCCAUAAUACUUCAAUAUGAAUCUUUCUCCAAAAACAAACAUAGGAUUUUCUACCUCAAUUCCAUGCCCUUCAAAUAACAGCAUGGCGACUGACUUGAUCAAGUUUAGUUCUACUAUCUUUUUUUCCUUGGGUUUAGCAUGUCCAAUAUGAAUGAUUCUUAUUUUCAACUUCUGAGCUGUUUAUUUGACUUAUGUGCACUAAGUAAGAGCCAUAAUUAACUGUGCUAACCAAGGAGACAAAAAUUUUAUGUUUCUUUUGUCCUAGAUUUCUAUUUUUAAGAUACUUACUAAUUUCUUAAAUUUCUUGAAAAGCUGCAUUUAAAUUCUACUUUAGAAAUGAAAUCUUAUUGCCUAGUAACCGAACAUAUACUUUCAGAUAUUUGACCUCCUUUCUAAUUGAUUUCACCUUGGCAAGUGUUCAUAAUCAUCUCCAAGCUCCGCUGAACCCACUGCAGUUUUUCUACCCCUAAGCAUAAGUGAAUGACUGGCAUUGAAACACUAACCAUAUAUGGAUGUUUUUGUAUUUGAAGGAAUCCUAUAUAAAUCCUUUUUAUGAAUUAAACAAACUUGUAGCACUAUAUCAGAAGAUUAAUUUCUAGUUUUCGAUCAACAUUUUGGUCAUUUUCUUACACAAGAAUGCAUCUUUAAUCGCUAUUUUACUUAUAGCCUUGUUACUUAAAUUUCUAAAAAAUAUUUUCUGAGCAAUUGUAGAACGUUUCUAAAUUUGUAGUUAAAGCAAACAUUAAAAAAUUUUAAAUGAA